AUGGUAGUGCGCGCGAAACGAAUAUUGGACUUUGCGGGCUUUUUGUUUUCAGCAAUAAAUCCGCAUGUUUUUAAAUCAUUUCACAGGCAUCAUUGGUUAUUUCGAUUGUUAUAAAACACUCCUCUUAAAAUCUUAUGGCAUCUGGAAAUUCUGUGAUGGUAUCAAAUCAAAUGAAUUCCUCAUCUACUCCAAUCGUCGCAUCGGAAAGUUCGGGUCAAAAUAAUGCUUCGACAUCUGAGACUCCUCGUCAUCAUGGGACCCUUCAUGGAGAGGCCCAUCCCCCUCCUACACAGCUUAUUAAGCUGAAUUCUCUAGCUGGUCCUUCACUUGUUAGAAAGGAAAAACUCCAGACCUCUUCUCGUUUCGGUGCUCCCAAAAGCCGUGAGCUAAAUCCACUCCCAUUGAUUAAAGAUGCUGACAGUCAAGAGAAUCGGGAAGAUCUUUUCAUUCAAAAAUUGAAACAAUGUUCAGUAGUAUUUGAAUUUGUCCCUGAUUUAUUGAGUGAUCUAAAAGACAAGGAGGUGAAAAGAGCUGCAUUGCAUGAAUUAACUGAAUACCUAACUGAGAAUUCUGGUAUAAUUACAGAUUCUGUCUAUCCAGAAGUUGUGCGUAUGGUAGAAGCAAAUCUCUUUCGUACCCUACCACCACCGAGUAAUCCAUCUGGUGCAGAAUUUGAUCCUGAAGAGGAUGAGCCAACUUUAGAAGCUGCAUGGCCUCACUUACAGUUGGUAUAUGAAUUCCUUCUUCGUUUCAUUGAAUCGCCUAAUUUCCAGCCAAAUGUUGCUAAACGUUAUUUCGAUACUAAAUUUGUAUUACAGUUCUUAGAAUUAUUCGAUAGUGAAGAUCCGCGUGAACGUGAUCUUGUUAAAACAAUUCUUCAUCGUAUUUAUGGCAAAUUUCUUGGAUUACGUGCAUUUAUACGUAAACAGUUUGGUAAUAUAUUUUACAAGUUUAUUUAUGAGACAGAAAUGCAUAAUGGUAUCGCCGAGUUGUUAGAGAUAUUAGGCAGUAUCAUUAAUGGAUUCGCAUUACCAUUGAAAGAAGAACACAAAGUAUUCCUCAUCCGUGUACUCUUACCAUUGCAUAAAGUGAAAUCAGUCAGUUUAUAUCAUGCUCAAUUAGCCUAUUGUGUUAUACAAUUUUUAGAAAAGGAUCCAACACUUACUCAACAAGUUGUCCUGAGUCUGUUAAAAUUUUGGCCAAAAACGCAUAGCCCUAAGGAGGUGAUGUUUUUAAAUGAAUUGGAAGAAAUUCUGGAUGUGGUUGAUCCAUCCGAAUUUCGUAAAAUUAUUCGGCCACUUUUUACACAAUUAGCUAGAUGUGUAUCAUCGCCUCAUUUUCAGGUUGCAGAACGUGCCCUGUACUUUUGGAGUAAUGACUACAUCCUUCAACUGAUGCAUGAUCAUGUCGAAGAAAUUCUACCAAUUAUGUUUCCUGCUUUAUAUCGAACAAAAGAGCACUGGAAUAAAACUAUUCACGGUCUUGUAUACAAUGCGUUGAAAUUAUUCAUGGAAAUGAAUCAGAAGCUAUUCGACACAUGUACACAACGUUAUAAAGAAGAAAGACAGAAAAUUCGUGAAGAUGCUAAGCGCCGUGAACGUAUAUGGGCAACAUUACAGGAGGCUGCUAAAGGUAAUCCAUUGUAUGCUGUUGUAAUGAAAGAGGCAAUUGGUCCAGACCAACAACAGCAACACCAACAACCAUCCAAUUCUACAACAGUAUUAAUGACAACAACGUCAUCGUCUCCUGCGGCUAUGGGUGAUAAUUGUGUAAAUAACGGAACUUCAUCGUGUAGUAGUAAUAGUAGCAGUAAUCCUGUGGACAAUGAUGAUGGCCAACCUGGUCAAGAUGAAGAUGUCAGCAGUUCUCUUAAGAAUCUUCAGCGUGAAGCCGAGGAUAAUCCGGGAAUUCGUGGCAUAAUCAAUGAUAGACGUCGUGAUAAAUUGUCAAUGAUUCAACGAAAAUCUGAACUUCCUCAUAGUCAGAGUACUCUUCGUGCUCUUGAACAACAUCGACGUCCUGAUGAAUAUUUAAAAACUCAACCGGACAAUUAGAGAAUCUUGUGUGUAAGCAAGGCAACAACAACAACAACCAGAAAUCAACCAGAGUAAUGUGAAACAAAAAAAGGGGCUAUGCUUUUCCGUCUUAGUAAUUCGCUUAAAUAUCAUCCCGGUCUCUCUUCGGUGUUCACAACACACACACACACAUUCACAUGUGCAUAUGCAUAUAUUAUAUAUACACACACACAUCUGCAUUAUAUAACAAUAUUAAUUAUUGUUAUUAUUAUUAUAUUAUAUGUUUUGAAGAUUUAGUUUUUAAAGCGUAAAUAACAAUAAUAAGUUAGAAAAAAAGGAACAUUCUAUUGUUGAUGGUAGUGUCUCUCUCUGUUAUCACAAACACCACUGUCUGUAUCCAUCCCUCACAUGAGAGAAAUCACUUCUUUUCUUUGUUGGUUCACGUUUUUCUUUCACCUGUUGUUUGACCUCCCACUCCACCCUGA